AUGCGAGGCGGUCCGCGUCUCCAGGUCGGCUCGGCCGCCUGGGUCGCAGAGGAGCGCGAGGCGGCGCUGAGCAUCGCGUGCUCUGAGGUCGACGAGUUCUCGUACGCCGCACGAAACGAGCUGGACUGGCUCAACGAGCACAUGGCCGACAUUUUUUCCGAGAAUCAGAUGAAUGUCGCCGAGAUCUUUAAAUCGCCUAGCAAGUUCCGCGGCAAAACGCCGCGCACUGUGAGGAGAGAGCCUAGCAGCGCGCGUGUGCCCCUCGCGAGCGUGUUCUCUUCGACCCCCAAGGGCGCGCCUAACCCGCUCGCCAUGUCGACUAUCUCCCUCCCGCGCAGCCCGGCCAUUCAAGUCGCUGAAGACGCGCCCUCAUCCGAUUCGCCCAUCCCGUCGUCGCCAACCGGUCGGUCGAUGUCCCCUACCAAAGCGACCGUCGUUCAUCCCAUGCACGAAGUCAAGCCGCGCGGGCACGGCUCGCUGGCUGACUCGGGGUAUCAUGGAAGCCAAUCCCAGCUGACGCAGUUCGAGAGGGAAGAGCCGCUUGAGGAGGAGGACAUCGAGAUGUCGGAUAGUGGCGAGCAGGGCGAGACGCUGUCAGAUCCGGUCUUUUCGCCGGAGAAUAAGCCGACCAGCCCGUCGGCUACAUCCGUGCAUGAGACGUACCAGAGCCCGGUUGAGACACGCUCGCCACAGCGCCAGCAGAGGGAAGAGAGUGCCGUACCGACGCCGUCGUCUGCCUUGCAGCAGCCAAACAGCCCGUUUGCGAGCAGGACAAGGCUGCCGAUUAUGUCACCACGUGCACAGCCGUCACCUAAGAAGACUUCCUCUCCGAUCGGGCAGUCCCCCGGAAGACGGUCACCCUCGCCGCAGAAAUCGCGCUUGGCUAGCCCGCCGAAGGCCUCGGCCAAACUUGAACCCGCUCCACAGACCGAAGAGAAGCCCGAGGAUGGCGCCGACCAGAAUAUUUCGGCCGACGAAGAAGAAGAAGACGACAUUUCCGAAGCAUCUAGCCCCGUCCUCCGCCCCGUCAUGCGCAAAUCCUCGCUCAACUUUGCCUCCCUCCCCGCGCGCGAGCCACUUACUUCUAAGAAGAGCCUCGGCGGCGCGGCGGCGCGCAUGUCGCGCACGAGUUUUACACGACAGAGCUACUACCCCCCUGCUGCGGCGUCCAGACUCACUGGUGGGGGGAAGAGUCUCGGUGUUGGGAGACACGAGGACGAUGAUAUGGAGGGGGUUGAGAAGGAUGAGGACAAAGAGGAGGAGGAAGUCUUUGCUGAUAGCAAGACUUAUACGCAGAGGUUGCAUGAGCAGAUUAGUAUGCUUGGGAAGAGCCAGGCUCAGAAGAGUGCGAGACCGAGCAAGAGUUUGGCGAGUUUCUUGCCGGCGGCUGCUGGCCAGCAGCAGCAGGGAUCUGCUGGAUCAAUGCAGGCGGGUAGGCAGGCUUCUCCUAAGCCGAAGCAGCAGCCCGCUACUACGCCUGGUCCUGUUGCUGCUAAUGAGGAUGAUUUCGUCCGGGGGAUGGGUAGUCCGAGACCUCUUCCCCCUCGCCCUCAAACAUCUGGUACGACAGAAUGCAGAGACACAGGCGACAUGUCACCUGCCUCAUCUCUCCCCCGCAGUCGGCCGACUUCCCCCUCGAAGAACGUCUUCUCGCCGACGCAUCGCACUCCGAACUCUCACAGCAAGUCUCAAUCUGUGCCAGUCCUCCCGUCGUUGGAGCAGCUGCGUACUGGUAAUCCUGAGGAUGGCCCGAAGAAGACAAUCGCACAAAACCCUACGCUGAGCACAGCAGCUGGUGACGGGCUGGUGGCUGGCUCGCCGGCGCCCAGGAGUCCCCGGAGCUUUAGGGAUAACCCCCUGAAACAGGUCAAAAAUAAGUUGAGCAGUUUUAUUAAGAGCUCUAAGGGGUUGAUUGGAAGCAGUGGUUCAGCUACUUUAGGGGAGAGCAAGACAUCAUCGGGUCUGGUGCAGCAUACGCCGUCUGUGUCGCGCGCCCAGCAGCAGAAGGUUGAGAAGGAACGUGAAAAGGAGAGAGCAGGGGAUGAGUCCGUCGAGUCGUAUAAGACAGCGGAUAAUGUUGCGUAUCCAGAUCUCUCGCGCCAGGUGGAGGGUAUCAACCCUACAUCCGCAAAAGAGCAGCCGCAGAGUCCUGUGCAGAACGUGCGUAGGACGCGCGCAUCCGCCGAACGUGAGCGCCUCGAGAAAGAGCGGGCCGAGAGUGAGCGCCAAGAACGGGAGAAGAUGAGGGUUGUUGAGAAGGAACGGGAGCGGGUUGCCCAGAUGGAGAGGCACAUCACUGCGCAGCAGGAGAAGGAGAAGCAGGAGAAAGAGAGGAGGGAACGUGAGCAGGACUUCCGGACGCCUGGCCCCAGGCCAAAGAGCGUGGCUAAACCUGCACCGUCAACCAUCCAAACGACCCCGCAUAAGAAUGCUGCUGCAGACGAGGAUUUGGAUAUGACUGAGGCUCCGGCAACCAUCGCUCCGCCGUCUGUUGCUCGCCCGACAACUGCUUCUUCAAUGAGGAUUCCGGCUGCGAAGAGACCGCUUAAGCCGACCAAGGAGGCGCUGAACCGGUCGACCGCGAAACAAGCGCCUACUGUGAUCAAGGUGAAUACCUCAAGCGCGGCACAAGUGUCGAAUAGUGUUUUGGCGGCGACGUUAGGCGAGACAUUGGCCCCUCCUACCAACCAAACGACUCAAGCACAGGCAGCUCAGGGGGCUACUGCUGUGAAGGGAUUAAGUGGGAAGGGCAGCGCAGGCUCGUUGCGCGACAAACCCUCUCUCCAAUCCCUCAAAAACUCGAUGGCCUCCUCCUCCCAGCAAAAGCAGAAAGCCGCUGACGCAGCCGCCGCCGCGGCACAGAGGAAGAAAGAGCAAGAAGAGCGCGAGGCGCAGAAGAGGGAGUUGCAGCGCAAGCGGGAGCAGCGGGAGCGGGAGCGUGCCGCCCAGCAAGAGGAGGAGAGGCGUCGGAGGGAAGAGAUGGAGCAGCAGAGAAGGUUGGAGGAAGAGCAGAGGAAGAAGGAGGAGGAGAGGAAGCGCAAGGCGGCGAUCGAAAAGGCUAAGAUGACUAAGGCGCCGCCGCCGCCGGUUAGGACGCAGCCUAAUGGUCCGCCGGAUUAUAGCGCUACUGUCGAGAGGGAGAGGCAGACACAGCAGCCGGCUAGACCGCCUUCGAGGCUGGGAUCGAUUGCCGAGGGGGGGAGGCCGCUGCAAGAGGAGAAGAAGUACCAGGCCGCUGGGGUGGACGCAAAGAGAAUGCGGAUGAGUGAGGAGUUUGAUGAGAAUGUGGAUAUGGCUGAAGGAGGAGGAGGGGGCAGCUCUAGGAUGAUUAAGGGCGCGCCGAUUAGGCCUAGUACUGGGUUUAAGAAGGAGAUCCAGCCUCCUAAGCAGCAUACGUACUCCUCCAACGCCCACGGCCACACCUACAGCAGCAAGGACCUGUUCAAAACAACCGUCAUCUCGCAACACAACAACCAAAACGCAGGCCGUCCCGCGCAUCCCCUCGACAUGGCGCAGGUUGCUAAGGGCCCGAUUCCGUUCGCCAACAAUAACACUCAGGCGGCCUCUUCCCACAAGACCCCCGCCCGCGCCCCAGGAACCAAUUCCACAGUCCCCUCGUCAGCUGCAAAAUCCGCCGCCCGUUCCUCCCCACGCUUCCCCAAUGGCGAGCUCAUCGAGCUCCCGGACAUCGCAACCGACGACGACGACGACUACUCCGACGCAGACAACUCCGGCUCCGGCGCAGGCCAGAUGCUCCCCUCGUGGGCCGACUCGCCCGAGCUACGCCGGCAGCUGCUGGAGCAGGAAAGGAUUGACCCGACUACUGUGUUUGGCGUGCCGCAGCCGCUCAACAUGGAGGAAGUGUUUAACAAGAGUAAGGAUCGGUGGCAUCGGUUUAGGCAGCGGACGAGCAGUGCCAAUUGGAGUGGGGCGGAUCGGUUGACGGAGGAGGAAAUGAGGCGGGACGCGAUUGCUCGAGAUAGGAUGAGGAGGGAAGGGGGUUGGACUUGGGAGUUGGGGAAGGAGAUGUAUUAG